CACCCCAUUCAUAAGAACUGCGUUGGGUCUAGUGCGCCUGCGCGCUGCUGUUCUUCCCUCCCAUUCAUAAAAAAAAAAAGCCAUUUUUUUUCCCAGGCAGUUGCAACACCGAACGCAAAUAAGAAGCUGACAGUCAGCGGAGGAGCAAUGCAGCUCGGAUCAAUGGUUUCCAAGCAGACAGUCACUUAUUUGCUGCGAUUUGAGGAUUACUAGGAAAUGUGCCCGGCUGUAGCCUUCCAAGCAUUUUAAAAAGCAGCAUAUCCAGAACUGGUGGGGAUUAGGUCAAUGGAUUCCAGGAUUCCUCACAGUAUCACAGUCGUGCCUAAUGCUGUCAUGGUACAGCCAUUGCUGGAUGGCCGGGUCCCUUAUGGAAGGUUACAGCAUCCACUCACCAUCCUGCCAAUCGACCAGAUGAAAACCAGCCAUUUGGAAAAUGAUUACAUAGACAAUCCUUCCUUGAGUCAACUUGCUAGUCAGAAGCUUGUCAGGGACCCUCAUGAACCCACGCUCAUCAAUCAGCGUCUGCAGAGGUGUGAGGCCGACAAUACCCACCCCUGGAUAUCAUUCAGUGGGCGCCCAAGCUCAAUUAGCAGCAGCAGUAGCACCUCAUCAGAUCAGAGACUCUUGGACCACAUGGCCCCACCUCCAGUGGUGGAUCAGUCCCCACCUAGGGCAGUAAGGAUACAGCCUAAAGUUAUUAACUGUAAGCAUCCGGAUGUAAAGCAACCCAUGGCCCAGGAGCUAGACAAACACUUAUUACUGUGCGAGGCCUGUGGAAAGUGCAAAUGCAAAGACUGUACCACUCCUCGGACAUUGCCGUCUUGUUGGGUGUGCAACCAGGAAUGUCUGUGUUCAGCCCAAAAUUUGGUCAAUUACUCCACCUGCAUGUGUUUGGUAAAGGGUGUCUUUUACCACUGCACCAACGAAGAUGAUGAAGGCUCAUGUGCAGAUCAUCCAUGCUCUUGUUCUCGCUCCAACUGCUGCGUACGGUGGUCCUUCAUGGGUGCCUUGUCACUGGUCCUUCCUUGCUUGCUUUGCUACCUUCCAGCUACUGGCUGUGUCAAACUCUCCCAGAAAUGCUACGACCAAGCCAGCAGGCCCGGCUGCAGGUGCAAAAACACAAACAGUGUCAUGUGCAAAGCGCCAGAUGCCGUCAGCAGACCAGAGAAGCCUUUCUGAUUGGCCGACCAUAAGGUUGCAUUUGCGAACUGUGUUACAAGGAUGCAUUUUACACUCUGCAGGAAACUCAUGCAAAAAAUAAAUAAACAAACAAAAGACUGUAAGCGGAUACCAUCACAGAAGGCUUUAAUUUAGCAUUCCUUACUUAAUUAGGGGGAUCCAGCAAGACCUGGUGUCACACAGAAGGAAAGCAAAAAAUGCCUUAUGUGUGUGUGUGUGUAGCAGCUAUGAAUUGUUUCUAAUGUCUGUGUUUAAGUGUCAGAGAAUUCAUGUUUUGUUUUAGCACAGUGGCAUAUCUACCUACCUUACAGCUUUUCUGCACCGCCUCUUGGUAACGGAAGCAGCUUAUGCCAAUUCCUUGACACUGGCAUGGAUGUAAGCCAGCUCCAGAGCUUCCUAACAUACAGAGGUCUUUGUUUCCAACAGAACAUUCAUGCAUAACUCAGUUUCUAUAGAAGAGCAGAUUGCAACACCUCUAUACUUUCCCCACCUUGCGGGAGUUUUAAUUUAUUUGCACGCUUUUUUAUAUAUUUAUACAUAUAUAUAUAUUUUCAGAGUAGCUAUGUCCAUAAAGUGUUUCCUUUAUUGGCCACCCUGUUGGCAGAGCAAGGCUGUAUGAAACUGAUCCUCUUUUAUGCUGCUAAAAGGCAGAGCAUGUAACAUUGUAGGUGCGGAAAAUACCGGUUACAAUAUGCUCUUCUCUUUUAAAGCUGUCACGGCUAACUCACACGUCCUAUUGCGCUCCAUCUGCAAGAGUGUCACUGUCUUUGUGUUUCUGUGUGUCAUACUUUGUAUUAGUGUCAGAUUUGCCGCCCUCCAGCUUGAGCAAACAAGACCUCCCGGCAUCCUCAGCUAGCCAGGAGCUGUCUGAGGAUGCUGGAAGUUGUUGUUCACAGACUCCGACACCAUAUCUCAAUUGUGCUUGGUUGCUAAUUAUGCCAUAUGGGUUUUACCGGAGCAUGUAUUUCUUCUUUCAGCUAAUGAUGGCUAGGUGGAAGAUGAAAGAGAGUGCUUAGGGUACUGUUUUAAAUCAACAUGAUUAAAGGAAGGAAUUUAGCAUCCCUCUUCCACUUGUAGCCCCUUCCUCACUAUCUGUAAGGGCAGAGACACACGCUCAGAUUCGGGGAGAUUAGUCGCCCAGCAACGAAUCUUCUCUUCUUUGGGGCAACUAAUCUCCCCAAACGGCCUCCUGACGGCUAGAAUGUAAGUUGCCGGCGGGAUGGCAAUCGGUGCGCUUCGCUUUUCGAAGUUGCUUUACGAGGAAACUUCGGGCGUCUUCAGAAAAGGAAGUGCUCCGAGUGCCAUCCUGCCGGCAAUUUAGGUUCUAGCCGGUGAGAGGCACUUCGGGAAGAUUCGCCGGGCGACUAAAUCUACGUGAAUCUGAGCAUGUGUCUCUGCCCUAAUUAGUCCGGCCUACCUUAUCUUAUCCUAUCACCAAGGCUUAAGUUGUAUUUUUAUAUUGCUCUUAUGAGGCCUGUAACACCAAACUCAGUAUGCCUGUGUAAGAUAUAACAAUUUUACAUGAUAUGUUUUAACAAGCAUAGGCAAUCAGAAGCCCUUUCAGAUGUUGCUGAGCUGACUCCCAGCAUCCCUCACACACAUCCAAAGCCUUCUGGGCAGUGUUAUGAAUUGUAGUUCAUAAUAUAAGGAAGAGAAUUACUAGUCCACUCUUCUAAAGGAUUCUGAGAAUGUGUGUGUGUUUUACCUUACUGUUGGGCUGGGCUUGUUAUUGUUCAGCUUAGGACACUCACUCGUCACAAUCACAGGCCUCUGUUGGGGAGUGUCCUAAGCUGUCGGCCAUCUUUGCUGAAAGGAUACAUGCAGAAAGCAAGCAUGAAAACAUACUCCAUUUAAAAAAAAGACACAUCUUUUUUUUUUUCCCCCACAGUAAACUAUUUGACUUUUUCUCCAGCUAUUCUGGAAACGCCCUGGCCUAAUUAGCAUCCCACCAUAUUGUACACAUUUACGGCAAUAAUUGUUAAAAAGUAAAACUCCUCCAUAAUUGCAGGGGCCUAAUAUUCUCGUCAGACCAUCAAAUCCUAACAUUCUACUUGUGAUUUUGGGAUUUACAGAGAAGAUGUGCACUAAGCUUGAUCCCCAGAAGAGCACAAUAACUGUUUUGUAACUGCAUGAAUAACACCAACAGGGAUGUUUUGGUUUCUGAGAACCAGACAAAUUAGAGAAAUGUAGACACCAAUCAAAACGUUUUUUUUCAAAGUAUUCAGCCAAUGGAACUUGCAUGUUGCCCUGUAUUUUUUUCCUUCGCUGCUGCUGCUGCUCAAAUUUAGCCUCUUAUGUAAAAUAACUUGUAUAUCUGUGUAAAUGUACAUAGAGAGAUACAAAUAAAGAUGUCUAUUUUAGUGUUAUAUAAGUUUUGGGUAAAGUCAGAGGAACAUAUAAGAAAACCAUUUUUAAAAGAAAGCGAUUUUCUGUGUCCUUUAAAGAAGGACGAAAUCCUAGUACAAUAUCAUGUAUUCUAGUUUCUGUGUUAAAGGGGAAAUGUCUCUGCAUAUAGGAUCUGUCUUAAAAUAAUGUAUUUGUCUUUUUUAAUUUCAGAAAAAUAUUGACACUUUUCAGGGUUAAUGGUACAAACAGGUCGUUUGCUAAAAUCCAUAUGGGUUUGCUUAGCAUUCUUUUUUCUAAAAUAGAAAAGCCUGCUAUACGAAAAGUGCUUUUUUUGGGGUAUUUGUGCACGUGAGGCACAGUACAUUGCUUUGUUAUAUAUACUGCUUGCUCCCCUUGCACUCUGAAAUCAUAUUUUUAAGUCAAAUUGAAAAUUGUUACCUGUAAUAUGUAAAUGACUAUCAAUACCCCAGAAAAUGCAUUAUGGGGUUUUA